UACUCGCACUCGAGUCCCAGGCCCUCAGCAUGUCGGAGACUGCCCCAGCCGCUCCUGCCGCCGCGCCCCCGGCGGAGAAGACCCCUGUGAAGAAGAAGGCUGCCAAAAAGCCUGCGGGGGCGCGCCGCAAGGCGUCCGGACCCCCGGUGUCCGAGCUCAUCACCAAGGCCGUGGCCGCCUCCAAGGAGCGCAGCGGAGUGUCCCUGGCCGCGCUCAAGAAGGCGCUGGCGGCCGCGGGCUACGACGUGGAGAAGAACAACAGCCGCAUCAAGCUGGGCCUCAAGAGCCUGGUGAGCAAGGGCACCCUGGUGCAGACCAAGGGCACCGGCGCCUCGGGCUCCUUCAAGCUCAACAAGAAGGCGGCCUCCGGGGAAGCCAAGCCCAAGGCCAAGAAGGCGGGCGCUGCCAAAACUAAGAAACCCGCCGGCGCGGCUAAGAAGCCCAAGAAGGCGACAGGCGCAGCCACCCCGAAGAAAGCCGCUAAGAAGGCCCCGAAGAAGGCCAAGAAGCCGGCUGCGGCCGCAGGGGCCAAGAAGGUGGCCAAGAGCCCCAAGAAGGCCAAGGUGGCCAAACCCAAGAAGGUUAAGAGCGCAUCCAAGGCCGUGAAGCCCAAGGCUGCCAAGCCCAAGGUGGUGAAGCCUAAGAAGGCGGCACCCCGGAAGAAGUAGAUGGUUAUGGUCUGCUUCUCAAACCCAAAAGGCUCUUUUCAGAGCCACCACUGAUCUCAAAGAAAGAGCUCGACGCUUUACUGUCCUUUUCCCUCCAGGACCCCACUGCGCGGGUCACUAGGCCGCAUCCGGCCUUCGUCCCGUGGACUUGGCAGUUGGUGGGCUAGGGCGUCCCGCCCCGGAUUCCUGUCUUAAUUGCCCCAAGGCCCGCCAGCGGUCCUGAGGCGUUUCCCGCGGCUGACGGGCUCGGGACAGUCGCCAGCUCCGCCCCGGGGCGGAGCAGCAAAAAUAACCGCGAGGGGGACGAGCCGCUCUGGGCCCAGAUUGGAGUGCCAGGCGGUUCAAAAGUCCCGCGCUGCUCUGGGUUGGCCCGCCCGCGCCCUUCAUCCUGUGUGUAAUGGGGCGGUAGCCGAGCUCUUCCGGUUUUCUGUUGGGUUUGAAGUUUUCCCGUUUCGCCGGGUGUGUCGCGGACGGCGACACUUUUGCCCGGAGCCAGGCGAGCGUGUGCUGGGGCCUUGGUAACGCCCGGCCUUGUGAGGGCGGGUGCGCCUGUGCCACCUUGUCCUGCACGAGUGCGUUGGCAGAGCGCCACCGAGCGCGGCCGCCUUCCUUCCAGCCAAGGCUGCCGCGGGGGUGGUUCCUGUGUCCACGCUCGUCCGCAAGGGCGUGGUGGUUGCAGCGGGUUCAAAACAGUUUAGCCAUUUUGUUCCGGCGGAUCCGCACUCAAAAUUCUGGAACCAAACUUGCUUUAGGCUGUUUUUGUGUAUGGCCCAACUUUUCUACGCUAAAGAGAACAAAGUACUGGUGAAGUGUUCAGUGUGUGUACGGAUGGGAGGCGUGUUUCUAAUAAAACCUGUGUGUGAUUUUCA